AUGGCGCCCAGUGAGAAGAGAAAAGCCGCAAAGGACGACUUCAUCUACACUCUGUCCGACGAAGAAGAUGCGCCCAUAGAAGAAGAAGAAGGGCGGGCAGAUGACCCAGAGCCGCCACGAAAGAAGUCCAAGAAGGCCAAGAAAACGACAAAGGCCAAGUCUAGCAAGAAGGAUCAUGAGGAGGACGAUGACGAGGUCGGUGGUGGAGACUUCAAUCCGGACUUCGAAUUCAUGCUGGAAGACCCCGGAGUCGUCGGAGACGAUUUCGAGGGCUGGGGCUUCGACGGCGCAAAGAGUGCCAUGAAGGCCAGCAAAGGUGUCGACCUCGACGCCAUCAUCCGUCGCCGAAGGGCCCAAAAGAUCAAGAACGGUGCUCCGGAGGAGGGCCACGAAGAUGAAGUCGACGGUGAGGCGAGCAGCCAAGAAGGAGAGCUUGCCGACGGCAUGGAUGUCGAUCUCGACGACGGGGACGACGAGGUCCUCGCCGAUGACGCGUUUGGCAUGAAUGUCGCCUCCGAUGCCGAGGAAGAUGAGGACGAGGAAGAUGACGACAGUGGUGACGGUGCUGAAGGAGACGAUAUGGAUGACGACGACCCGGCUUCUGACGAUGACUCUGUGGCAACGCCCGUCGACCACCCCGAAGACGACCAGGACUCGGAUGCUAGCGAUGAGGAGGAUGCGGAGGAGGAGGCCAAGAGGCAAGCCUUCUUUGCGCCAGAGGAGAAGGCCAAGCCCGGCAAGAAGGACUCGUCUUCCUUCGUGACCAUGUCACUGUCACGGCCCAUCAUGCUAGGCCUCAACAAAGUCGGUUUCAGCAAGCCAACACCCAUUCAAGACAAGACGAUACCCAUUGCUCUGAUGGGCAAGGACAUUGUGGGUGGUGCUGUCACCGGUUCUGGAAAGACGGGUGCUUUCAUCAUCCCCAUUCUGGAUCGUCUGGUCUACCGGCCCAACAAAGUGCCUACGACGCGAGUCGUGGUCCUUGCUCCCACACGUGAGCUGGCUAUUCAGUGCCACGCCGUGGCCACCAAGAUUGCCGCCUUCACCGACAUCAAGUUCACGCUCGCCGUCGGUGGCCUAAGCCUCAAGGUGCAGGAGGCGGAGCUCCGUCUCAGGCCCGACGUGAUCAUCGCCACGCCAGGUCGCUUCAUCGACCACAUGCGCAACUCGCCCAGCUUCAACAUCGACACGGUGGAGAUUCUGGUUCUCGACGAGGCCGACAGGAUGCUCGAGGAUGGUUUCGCCGACGAGCUCAACGAGAUCCUCACCACCAUGCCCAAAUCACGCCAGACCAUGCUCUUCUCUGCCACCAUGACUUCAAGCGUCGACCGCCUGGUUCGCCUGGGCAUGAACAAGCCUGUUCGCAUCAUGGUCGACGCCCAGAAGAAGACCGUCGGAACCCUCGUUCAGGAGUUUGUCCGCUUGCGCCCCGGACGCGAAGACAAGCGUCUCGGAUACCUCGCACAUCUGUGCAAGACGCUCUACACAGAGCGCGUUAUCGUAUUCUUCCGUCAAAAAAGGGACGCCCACAAGGCCCGCAUCAUCCUCGGCCUCUUGGGAAUCUCGGCUGGUGAACUUCACGGAAGCAUGAACCAGACAAUGCGUAUUGAAAACGUCGAGCUGUUCAGGGACGGCAAGGUGACGCACCUUAUGGCCACCGAUCUUGCUUCUCGUGGUCUGGACAUCAAGGGCAUCGACACCGUCAUCAAUUUCGAGGCCCCGCAGUCCCUCGACAUCUACGUCCACCGUGUCGGUCGUACGGCGCGUGCUGGCCGCCGCGGAACGGCGAUAACACUUGCGGCCGAGGCGGACCGCAAGGUGGUCAAGUCUGCCGUCAAGGCGGCCAAGGCUCAGGGCGCCAAGGUGGUCAGUCGGACCGUUGACGCCGCAGAGGUGGACAAGUGGCAGGCACAGAUUGACGGCAUGGAUGGCGAGAUUGAGGACAUCAUCAAGGAAGAGAAGCAAGAGCGCCAGCUUGCCCAGGCUGAGAUGCAAGUACGGAAGGGCGAGAACCUGAUUGAGCACGAGAAGGAGAUCAAGUCCCGCCCCAAGAGGACCUGGUUCGAGACGCAGGACGACAAGAAAAAGGCCAAGCAGGCCGGAGACGACGAGCUCAAUGGGAAACUGAGGGACAAGCUCAAGCACAAGACGAUGGCCGGAAAGCUGAGCAACAAAGACAAGAAACGCCUCGACGCCAUGGCCGACCGCAAGGAGGGUCGCGUCUGGAUGGGCAGCAAGAAGUCGGCCGCCUCCGAGGCCGAAGCCAGGGCUAGGGAUAGCGCCCCCAGAGAACGAGGAGGCGGCAGGGGAGGCGGCAGAGGAGGCGGCAGAGGCGGAGGCAGAGGUAGAGGCAGGAGGGGAGGUAAAAGGGGAGGCAAGUAA